AUGGACUCUGAACAAGGCCCUUCUGGGUCUAAAAGGCAGCGGAAACAAAUGUUUUAUGUUACAUGUGACAGUGAUAUAGAAGAGGAACUGUAUGGUACUAAUUCUGAGGACGACUUCCAGCCUGAUGAGGAGAAUUCAGCAUCAGAGAGUGAAGGCGGAAAAGAUACAGAAGUCACAGAAAAGGGGCUUGCAGAAAAAGUGGUCAUGCAGCCUCUUCAGGAGAAACUAAAUAAUGGCCACGAAAUAUGCAUGGACAAUUAUUAUAACAGUUUUAGUUUGGCGAAGAAGCUGCUUGAUAAUAAUACAUAUUGCACCGGCACUCUGCGGAAAGAUUUAAAAGAAAAUCCGCUAGAAAUAGUUCAAAAAACUUUAAAGAAAGGGGAAAACUGCUCAAUGUUUCAGGCAGGAGUACAUGUUGGCAAGGGGAAGGACAAACGUCCUGUCCUUUACAUUACUACCCAGUAUGAAGAUGGAAUGGUGCCAGUCGCAAAAAAACGUGGCCAAAUUACUCACAAGUCAGAAGCCAUAUCAAAAUAUAACGACUAUAUGUCAAGAGUCGACAGGCAUUACCAGCUCUUAUCCUUCUAUCCUUGCGAAAGAAAGACUACGUUGGUAUCUAAAGGUAGCAAUCCACACGUUCGAGCUGCUCUUCAUCAAUUCAAUGAAGAUUUGCAACAAAUAUUCAGGGCAACCUAA